ACAAAAUGGCAGCGCCCUGGAUGCGACCCUCCUUCACGAUGAGAUUACACCGACUAAAUUAUAUUUACAACUGUCAUUGUCUAAGUUUUUGGGGCAAUGUGUGUCCUAUGUCAACACAUUUGAGCCAUUUGAUCAAGAGGGAAUUUCAGCAAUCCAGACAACAUUCUUCUAAAAAUGGAGACCUAAAGAUCCCCAAAAAAGACUGCAGUCAGCCCUUGGGCAAGACCCACGACCCCGCGCAGGUGGAGAGCGAGUGGUACCAGUGGUGGAUACAGCAAGGUUACUUUUCUCCGCAGGCUGGAGGAGCGGAGAGUGCGCCUGUGUUCUCCCUUCUGCUGCCCCCGCCCAACGUGACCGGCCGGCUACACCUGGGGCAUGCACUCACUGGGGCUGUGCAGGAUGCCGUCGUCAGACGCCACCGGAUGAACG